UUCAAAUGAAUUCGUCAAAAGAACACAACAACUGGCUAACCGUUGGAGAAAUAAUCAGAUUGAUUAAGGAACCCGUCGCAUUAUACACCUGCAAUAUCAUAGAAAAAUGGCAUGCAAAGCUGUGUGGUUCUUUGCCAGAGAAAUGCUCAAACCCUGGAGAUUGUGAAAAGAAAAAGAAACCGCUUGGCCUGUGUCCCUCUUGCAAGCAAUGGUACGACGAGCUUGCCAAAUCCCACCGGAGAAACGAUAAAGGGCAAUUCAAAAGCACGUGGCGGCAAAACUGCGACACAUCAAAGUGGCCGAAUGAUCCUUGGGAGGUUGCCAAGUUCUUUAUGCCCAGCCUUGGGGACAACAAAAAAAAUGUUGAAGACGCCGAAACCACUGAUUUAUCGUCUCUUCUGAACGUGCUUGCAUGGACGGAAGAUGCGGUCUUUGCCCCAGACAGACGUGUUGAUCGUAACCUCGUUGAGGACCUUCGUUCAAAGGUUAGAAACCCUUGGGCGCAUGCACCUAAUCAAAACCUAGACGAACCCACUCUUAACGAUGCUUUUUGUAUUGCUGAUAAAUUUGUUGCCGACCUAGACAUAGUUUUCAGUCGUGAAGAAGUCAAGAAUUGUAUAGAGGAUAUCAAAGCUUUGAGAGACAACAGACAAACCAAAGUCACAGAAAACGAGUUGAAGAAUCUGAAUUUGCGUGAGUUACGUGGAGACGACAGUCAGAAGAAAGGAGAGAUGGAAAGUUUGAAAGAAGAAUUAAAGUGUUUAAACGAUAAUGAAAAUCCUAAUUUACAGGUUAUCAAGGAACAGGAGGAAAAAUUUAAGAAAUUGGAGAAAGACUAUAGGUCAUUACAAGAUCUCAUGAAAUCAUUACAAGAUACGGAAAACGUUCAAGCAACUAAUCAACCGUGCCAACUGAAGAGCUGUAUUCCUGACAAACCAGAAAUUUUCAUUGGUCGCGACGCUGUUGUAAAGGAAUUAAUAUCUUCUUUGGUAGAUAAUGGCUGUGGAAUUGUAUCUAUCGUAGGUGGACCAGGUUUUGGAAAGAGCACCGUUGCAAAAGAAGUUUCCCAUAAUUUAAACACAAACCAUGAUAUUAUCGUAAUUUUCUCAUAUUUGCAAAAUAUUUCAGCUGUAUCCGAUGUGACACGAUGUCUCUGCCUUGACGUCGGCGUUACCCCCGGAGAAGAUCCUGAAUCAUCGUUGAUGUCGCGGUUGAGGGAUAUUGAGCAGAAGGUCGUCCUUGUCAUGGACAACAUCGAGCAGCUGCUGGAAAGCGGCGAUAAAUCCCAGUUUAUUGAAUUAGUGCUUACUCUACGCAAAAAUUCACAGCAACGUGUGCAGAUACUAGCAACGACAAGAACUGAAUUUUUGAUUCCUGGGCAAAAAUCCGUAACCCAUCAAAUAAAAGAAUUGGAUGAAAAAUCAAGUGUCGAUCUUUUAAAAGAAUGUUGCCCAAAUGGUGGAAUUGAAGACACUUACUUUUCUGAGUUGGCUAACCUAUGUGGCUUCCUUCCUCUCGCUUUGUGUCUCGCAGGAAAACGAAUUCAAGAUCUUUAUGAUCCUCGGAAGUUAACAAAAUGGUUAAGAAAGAAGCCUAUGGAGACAUUGAAGCCUGUUCAACAAGCCGUCGAAUUUUCUUUUCUGAUGUUGAAGGAUGAAGAACAAAAAGCUUUGGUUCGUCUUUCUGUGUUUGAUGGGAAUUUCCGAAGUAAAUCCGCGAAAAAGGUUAUCGGGAAAAAUAGUUUGGAAACCAUCGAUUUUUUGAAAGAUCUUGUUGGUCGAAGUUUAAUACAAAAUACCAGUGAUAAGCGAUUUGUGAUCCAUUCGCUCAUCCGGCGGUUCCUGUCUGAAAAUGUUCAGUUUCAUGGUGAAAAGGCAAAGGCUCAAGGAUGUAUGAGCAGCUCCGCAAAAGAGGUCGUUAAUAAGAGUGGCGUGGAAGUCGAAAAUUUAUUAGAAUAUCUCGUGAGACGAAGUUUAGUUCAGGAAAUUGGUGGUGGGCGCUACGUAAUUCAUUCGCCUAUUAAAAGAUUUUUAGCCAAACAUGAUCAAUUUCAAGAUGAAAGGAAAAUGGCACAAGAAUUGAUGGUGAAACAUUUUCUGAAGCUGUGCCAUUCGUUAACCAUGGACGGUUAUUUACAUAAUGGUUACACUAGCGCCAGAGAAUCACUAAGGAAAGACAUCCACAAUAUCGAGAAAACGUUAAAACUGUGCACCGAAGACGAGGUUCUUUUGCGAGUUCAGCUGGGAUCUUUUUCACCCAUUCGUUUUAACAAAGUUCAUAAAAUCUUGUGUUGA